UGAUCUUUUGUUGUUUUGCAGAAAAAUACAAAAACUAAGUUUUACAAUAAUAAUAAAAUAAUAGAGAGGUACAUAAGCAAGGCGUUUCAAUAAUUGCAGUGUUUAGCAAAAUGUUAAAGCAAGUGUUUAGAGUAUAUUGCGCUUAGAACGCGUCGUGUGCGAAUCUGUGAAACAAAAACAAAUAGGAAAAAUUCCACAGACAACACAACAAUAAUAUACGCGGAAGCACAGCGUUGUGUGCGUGCGCACAAACCUCAAUAGAAAAAGAAAAACAAAACCAAGUGACGGGCGAACUUUGUACAUUGUGUGCGACAGUGGCACUGUGCAGUAAAACGGAAGAAAAUCUCUUUAAAUUGAAAUCGAGUUGUAACAAGAAACAAAGAAAAAUGUCUGCGCUACGUUUAAACGCGGCCGAGAAGGAUCUGGAAAAGUUUAUCAAAUUUCUGGCGCUGAAAUCCACCCAAGUUGUGGUGCAGUCGCGCCUUGGCGAGAAAAUGCAGACACAGUGCAAUCCAUUGGCAGGCAACGAUUGGUUCAAUAUUGUCGUCCAAGAUCAUCCAGAUGUAUGCGACGAGACGAAGCGAGCCCUGGCCUUGAAGCCAGGGGAGAGCAUUUUGCAACGUUUGCCGUUAUGCGUUGAGAUUUCGCUAAAAACGGUUGAGGGCGAUCAAAUGAUAUUGGAGGUGUGGUCGCUGGACUUGCUGCAGUCCGUAAAUGGCACAACGAAUAAUGUAACGAACGGGACGACUAAGACUACGGACGAUGGAAAGAACUCCGGCGAUACCAACAACACCAAUACUACUGGCACAGGGACAACAAAUAAUGGCACAAACGAUUCCCAAACGCUACGAGCUGCUCACGCCAUUUACAAUCGCAUGGGCAUUAUGCUCAAGUCCUUAAUUUCGCUGACCCGCACAACGCCCGCCUAUAAGCUGUCGCGCCGCCAGUGUCCGGAAUCCUAUGGCAUCUUCUAUCGCAUCUAUGUAGAUCGGCCGCAAGUGCAUACUUUGGGUGAGGGACACAAGCACGUUAAGAUUGGGCAGCUCAACACAAUUGUGGGCUCGCUGGUCAUGUCUGUGGCGUAUCGCACCAAGCUUACAAUAUCACCUACAGCGGCGCAGGCACGUCACACAGAGCACAACACGAUUAUGCUGAAGUCGGACCACUUCCGACCAGCUAACGAUGUGAAUUCGCCUACACAGCAACUCAGCUCGGCAGCCAUGGCCAAGAAGUUGGGUGUGGGUGUAGGGAACGCUGGUACUGGUGCUGGUGACAAGCGUUACAUAGACAUAGACAAGCCUCUGCGACCGGGCGCUUUCACGGAUAUGGGAAAAUUGCGUCAAUAUACCGAGGAUGACUUUGUGCUGCCGGAGACACCGCCAUUUGAGUGGCUGCUACGUCGCCAGCGGCAUGAGAGUGCGGGCAGUGGUUCUAUUGAAUCGCUCAAUCGCAAAUGCGAAUCACCCGUCAACGGGCAGCGUGUGGACCAGGCCAAUAACAACAACAAUAUCAUAAAUAACUUAAACCACAGUGGUGGUGGUGGAGGUGGAAAUAGCAAUCUCAACAACAAUUCAAUGGCAUUUAAGAGCUUCGAAAAGCAAGCGUCUGCCGCCGACUGUAAAAUUCAAAUAACCGCCAAUUCAACAUCCCCAAUUAAAAGUCUGCUAAUACCCGCACCCGCAUCGUUUCGUCACAAUUCGGCGCCCACGCUACAGCAACAGCAGCAGCAACUCGCGAAUUCGCACAACGAUGACGAUAAUCUGCUCAAGGAACUGCACUUCCCCUUCGCCUCACCCACCUCGCACGUCAAUGAUUUGGCUAAAUUCUACCGCGACUGCUACCAUGCGCCUCCCUUGCGGGGCCUUAACGAGCUUCAAGCGGAGGUAAGCACAGCGAGCUUGGCAGCCACUGCACAACCAAAUGGCGUGGGUGUGGCGCCUGUCUGUGGAUUAAGUGCAGCAGCUGCUGUUGGCAACAGUGCGUCAGAUGCCAGCGCCAUGGAUGAUUUGUCACGGCAAUUGGCCGAAUUCGAAACAUCGCUAGAGGAUUAUGAUAAACUGGUAUCACAAUUCGGACUAACCGGCUCUUCGUCCACAGGCAGUCGCAGCAGUGGAGGCUUGCAGAUGAGCAAUUGAGUCGGCGUCUGUAAUUUUACAUUGUGUAGGUCGUCGUUGCUCUCGAAUAGAAGGGGCGUAACUCAAUAAGUUCAUCAACAAAUGGGUACUAAAAAGAAGAUCUAGAAUACUAGAAGAAAAGUAAAAUUUAAAGACUUGUUACGAUCCUUGCUCUGAAAGCUCAUCUUGAAAUUUAGUAUUUGAAAAACAAAUAGAACAAAAUAUAUUUUGAAAGGUAAAGUUUCUUCAAAAGACUGAGUUACAUCUUUUUCUAUUUGGGAUCAUCGACUUGUUCAUAUUGUUGUUAUUUUAUUCUGUAUAAUUGCUGUUCGGUUUAGUCCUUAUUUAAAAUGAGUCUGGCUUGUCUUUCAUGUGUCUAUUAGCAAUAUGUAUGUUUAGUUAAGUUUGUACGCUGCUAUGAUAUUAUGUUAGUGUCACACCAUUUAUAGGCUAUGUAGUAGCUCUUUGUACAUAUAUAUACACACACACACACAUUAUACAUAUACAUACUAUAUAUGCUGUGUACACUGCGAUAACGGUGUCACGUUUAAUUCAUUUAAAUGUAUUUAUGUUUAAGUUUAAGCGCGCGUUGUGACGCUCUCGUGAGUCCAAGCGAGCUCGUGACUUUGAAGGUUCGUACAUUCGCGUCAUUUAGUCAGUCAGGCAGUCUGUUUAUUUGUUUCUUUGUUCAAGUGCCUUUUGCCUUGUGGAAAUUGCCGUAAAUAAAAAAAUGAGGGAAAGAAAAUAAACAUGUACAUAGAUAUGAUUAAAAUGCGGUGCAGCGAAAAAAGUUGUAUCUUAAAUAUCCAAUUAUAAGUAUCAACGUACAUAUAAAUAUAUAUAUAAUUACAAACACAUAGCGCGUCUUAGUACUAGUAUAGGGUUAUUUCAUUUCGCAUCAAAGUUAGUUUUAAGUAGUUGCUGAUUUAGUAACGGUUGCCUUUUUUUACAAAAAUAAUAUACAAAAUAUGCUGUAACCCCACACACCUAUGUAUGUAUGUACAUUUGAAUAGUUCUAACGAAGAAAUAGUCCUGAAAAUGUUUACAAAAUGACCAAAAACCUGUGUUGCCAAUCGAUUUCCUUCUAAUGGUAAGAGAACAGUCGGUUUGUUAUCCUAAUUGAAUCAAAGAAUAUACAGUCUUACACUGUAUCAUCAAUAAUCAUAAUGCCGAUUUGGAUAUGAAGGAUCCCUCAGAGUCUGAAAUAUUCCAAAAAAAACCGCCAUAAAUUCGUUGAAAAUCGAUUGGAUAUUAUGGGUUUUGUUAAGUGUGUAUGUACAUAUGUCUAAUGAGCACCCAAAAGUUCUCCGUUUAUAGGUUAUUUUAACAGUUAAACUAUCCAGAUGUAUAUGCCUACCUAAAAAAUAAAGAUCUGUGCCAAUAAGAAGCGGACUUUUUGAAAACUAAUACAAAUAAGUAACACUAAUCAAGCGCACAUAUUUAUACUGAAAUAUAUUUCUAUUAACAUUGAAUUUUCCAGUCCCAUUGCAAUUGACACAGAUCUUGUAAAUACGUACACAUAGUACAUACUAUAUAUAAGAAACUGUUGCUUUUAAUAAGAUAAAAAGAAAACGAACGUAACUAAUUAACAAUGUCAAACGAAAGACUCUAAGCAUAACGAAAUACAUAUUGGAUUCAUAGAAAGAAAAGGCAACAAAUAGCCUCAAAGAGCUCAACAAAAAAUUGCACGCAAACAUUGGCCAAAAAUUAAGAUGGGAGCGUAGGUGUUAAAAGUGUAAAAAUAUAUUAUAUAUUAUUAUUAUUUUGUAA